AUGACUGUGGCGUGGGUUAGCAGCCACAAAAGUAUGAAGAGAGUAGUGUUAGGUACAAGACGAAUGCGGAAUGCCUGUGAAAUGGGCGGUCCUAUCCCGUACUCCUGUGAUGAAAACGAUGUCUCUGCGUCUGAAAGCAUUACAGGCGAUGAGUUUGACCGAAAACACGAAUCACUCCACUCUGACAGUAGAAAUCCCCGACCCUUGCAUUUGACACAGGCGUCUACUGGAGGGACUUUGGCAACUGCCUGCUUUCGACAAGAAGCGAUGAGACACAAAUGGAUCGCUGACACUGAGAACUUCACCUGCUUGAGAACCCCGUUUUUUUCAUUCACUCUCUGA